AUGGCAAAAUUGAUACCUAACAAGUUCAACUUGCUUGUUGUCAUUUAUGUGGCACUGGGAAGUACAGCAUGCAGUUACUCGCUUGCCGUGACUGGCAGUACGAUCGGCCAGCCGACUUUCUACACCUCCCUUGAUAUGGCACCCCCUGGAGAGCCCGGCUACACCAGGACUGCUAACCUCAUCUCUGCCUUCAAUGGGGUCAACGCCGCAGGUCUCUUCUUCGGUUGUCUUUUCACGUCCUGGUUUGCCAACUAUGCCGGACGCAAGCGUACUAUUCAACUGGGUUGCAUCAUUGCUACGAUUGGCGCCGCUAUCACUGCUGGCUCGGUAAAGCCGGCCAUGUUCAUUGUUGGACGCUUGAUCUCCGGACUGGCGACCGGGCUGUUGGUGACAAGCAUACCGAUGUAUCAAAGUGAGGUCUCGACGCCCGAAUCCCGGGGCUUCAUGUGCUGUAUGCACGGUGUCAUGUUUGCAGUAGGAUAUUCGCUGUCUGGUUGGAUUGGUUAUGGCUGCUACUUCUCUGAUCCCAGCUCCUCCUUCGGCUUUCGCUUCCCACUGGCAUUUCAAGCGGUGCCAGCGCUCCUGUUGUUGCUUGGCUCAUCUCGCGUACCAUUUAGUCCUCGCUGGCUCUUGCAACAAGACCGGCAGGAUGAGGCACUGCAGGUACUCCUGCGGCUGCACACCAGCAAAGAAGACCCUGAGGGACACGAGGCCAAGCGUGAAUUCUACCAGAUGCGCAAGCAACUGGCGCUGGAUCGAUCCAUCAAAGAGCGAACUGGAGAAUUUGAGGUCUUCAAGACCCCGGCGAACCGGAAACGCGCGCUUUUUGCCUUCGGCCUUAUGUUUGGCAAUCAAUUCACGGGUGUCUUGAUCGUCGCAAAUCUCGGAGUCUUGCUUUAUGAGUCCGUGGGAAUGACUGGAUCGAUGCCCCUGUUGCUCAACGCCAUCUGGGUUUCGAUCACCUUGCCACUCAACAUCUUCACGGCGCUGUACGUGGACAAGAUUGGCCGACGAAUCUUGCUACUGGUAGGCCUUGCUGGAUGCACCCUCAGCAACACAUUCGAGAUCGCCCUGCAAGCCACGUAUCUUGGAACAGAUAACCAGAAAGGGCAGAACGCCGCCAUAUUCUUCAUAUUCCUUUUCAUCUUCUUCUGGGCUUCCUGCCUUGAUGCGACACAAUUCCUCUACGCCGCCGAGAUUUUCCCAACACAUAUCCGCUCUCAAGGCACCGCCAUCGCCAUGGCAGGUCUCUCCUGUGGCACACUCGUAAUGCUUGUGGCCGGCCCCAUCGGCCUGAAUGCCAUUUCCUGGCGCUUCUACUUCGUCAUCAUCAUUCCGCCCGCCGUCGAAUUUCUGUGCGUCUACUUCUUCUUUCCGGAGACCAAGCAGCGCAGCCUGGAGGAUAUUGCAGAGAUCUUUGGUGACAAAGUGGCAGUCCAUUACUACCAGAGGACUGACGCGGAGCAGGCGAUGUACGCUGAGGCAGAGUUGGAGAUGGAUGAGAAGAGGCGGUCGAGCCUGGGCACUACAGAACCUGGGAAAGAAGGCAGAGGCGAUUAUCUCGUGGAGGAUGUUGCACGUAAGGCUUGA